AUGGUCCCGUCCUAUGCGAACAGGAAUAUGCCUCCGUACUACAUGAAGGAGAAUAUCAUGCCUCACAGCAACAAUUUCAACCAUCAUAACAACAGUACAAGCCCGUCUGCGCCGCGCUACUCGCCGAAUUUGCGACCAUGGAGACGGCAACACUCUCAUGGCUCCCUUUCGUUCAUGACCAGCCCUCGUCUGGAGCAAACAGAGUAUACAACGUCACAGCAACAACGGCGGCCAGCAGAUGGGGCACCUGUCUGCGUUUCACCCUUUCGAUCCGUGCGGAGAAUGAAACAGCCUUUUCAACUGAUGCUGCCAACGUCUCCGGCGUGUGAGAGUACCGCGACAUUUGCGAAAGAGCCCAGACGACUGCACCCUAGCCCUUCACUGUCGGACUCUCGAGAGUCGCACCCAUCGUCUUCAUCCACAUACUUUUCGCCUAAGCCUGAGUCAGAGUCCGACAAUGAACCCGAAUUCAACAUAGCCUGUGCUUGUGCACCUGGUGAGAAUAUUUGCGACAACUGCAACGUACAGCAAAGCCCUCAGAUCCAAAAUGAAGAGCAAAAGAGAAGCGUUGAAAUCACGAACGUCCAUAUGGCACACUCGACUCUUGUCAAACAAUACGGAGAUGUCACUGCCAACGACCGCGAAACCACGCCCACAUCCGCCGAAAUAGAAUCCACGCCUUCGCCGAACAGUGAGGAAACCGGAGAGGAAGACACCCUUGGUAGAUUGCAAAGGGCAAGAGCAGGGACAACUUCUACCCAGGCGAGUUGGGUGCCGGACAACUUCUCAUACUGCCAGAAUUGGUUCCAGGGUGUAGAGACCAUGGACGUUAAGGAUGAGAAAUCCAGGGAACACAGUCGGCGGAAAUUUCAAAUCGUUCAAGUCGAAAACAAGAUUACACCCAGUUCGCCUCCCAGUAACCACGAUGUCAAAGAUGUGAAACUGGCUGUUGCCAGUAGAACAAAGCCAAAGCUAGUCGACAUUUCACGACAAUCAUCGCCAUUAAUGAGCUGUUCAGUUCCUGCUCAUCAAGAUCCAGUCCCCUCCACGCCAGAUCAUCGACAGCAGGAAGUAUCUGCAUUCAGCCCUGACACGCCUCUUGAGAUCGCGGACAGCGGCUAUGUCACUCAUCUCGCGUGUUUCUCUCUGGAUGAUAGUCGAGACGACAAGGAAGACGAUGAAUAUACAGACGCGAGCUCAAUAGCUUCAGAAAGUGUUAGCUCAACGGUUGUUUGCGAAAAACCGGCGAUCAAUUCAGACAGACCCAUCUUGCCAAACAAAACUGACCAGCCACCCAACGCCACGCUAGCACCAAAGCCAGAUGCAUCACCUGGAACGUCAUCAAAUAAAUCAGAACGAGAACAGCUCGAAAAAUGGUGGGAUCACGAAUGGACCAUCGACCAACUGGAACAAUCAGUGAAGGACUUUCCGGAAAGCAAGCUCAAACUGACGUCCCCGGUCAUCAUGUUUUUGCGCGAAAGCGAUGAGAAAUCACUUAUACGCCAAUUCGAGAAAGUCUUCCCAGACGCCGCGGAGUAUCAGCUGGACUGCCUCUGUGCUUCUUUGAUAGCCAGAAACUAUAUCUUCGAGCUGUGCUCGAACCACCGACGAAAUAGCGGGCUCUCACGUCGACUCAACGUCGCUUCAGAGAAGAACUGUCCGAACCUAGGUAUCCGAUUCGCUCAGGCAUUGCCAUCACAGAUCAAAGACCAGGUCUUGGGGUCACGAAGCACAGAGCUUUGCAAAGAUUUGGAUGCCAUGGUCAAUGACAUGCUUUUUGCAGUCACCGGGAAAGCCGAUGAAACACUCAAGUCUGCUAUCACACAAAAUAUGUCAAAUGACAGACCAUGGAUACCCUGA